AUGAAUGGGAUCAGCGUAGACAUCACACACUUGAAAAAGGGUGAAGUGAAUCUAGGUACUUCAAUUAUGGCUGUUACGUUUAAAGAUGGAGUGAUAUUAGGAGCAGAUUCACGAACAACAACAGGCUCUUACAUUGCCAACAGAGUCACUGAUAAGUUGACUCAAAUACAUGAUACCAUAUACUGUUGUCGUUCAGGCUCAGCAGCAGAUACGCAGGCGGUAGCGGAUAUGGUGAAAUAUUAUUUGCAAAUUUACUCAUCACAAUUACCAUAUGGACAGAAACCUACAACGAACAUUGCUGCUAAUGUGUUUCAAGAAAUCUGUUACAACAAUAAGGAUGCAUUGACUGCAGGUAUUAUAUGUGCCGGGUACGAUGAUAAAUAUGGUGGUUCUGUCUAUUCCAUACCAAUUGGAGGUUCAGUACAUAAACAAGAUUAUGCGAUUGCCGGUAGUGGGUCAACAUUCAUUUAUGGAUGGUGUAAUGAAAAUUAUAAACCAAAAAUGGACAAGCAGGAAACAAUUGAGUUUAUUAAAACUGCUUUGGCUGAAGCUAUCAAAUGGGAUGGAUCAUCUGGUGGUGUUAUUCGUAUGGUUAUCUUAACAAAAACUGGUAUCGAACGGUUAAUUUUUUACCCUGAUGAGUAUGGGAAAUUGACUCAAAAGAGUGAAUAA